AUGGAAGAUAAAAAGAUAGCUUUACAAUCAUACAAAGAUUUAAGAGUGGAGUUGAACAAAAAUCCCAAUAAUCCUUCCACUCCUCUUGAUAAAAGAAGAGGUAAUAAAAGAGCAGCUAUUAAAAAUGAGUUCUCUAUGGAGAUUGAAAUCUGUGAAAACUUCAAGAGAGUAGAGAAAAAGAAGAAUUAUCAAGACAUUAAGUUCAUUAUUACAUGCUUAAGAAACCACUUUGUCUUCUAUAAUUUGCAAGACAGCCAAUUGGAAACAUUAGUCAAUGAGAUGUUCUAUUGUGAGCUUUAAGAAGGUGAAACCAUCAUUAAAGAAGAAGACAAUGCCUCCACUUUCUUCAUCCUUGAAUAGGGAAGAAUUUAAGUCAGUGUUAAGGAUAAUGUUAAGAGAGAUAUUGUACCAGGAGAAGGUUUUGGAGAGUUAGCUCUACUUUACAAUGCUCCUAGAAGCGCUUCUUGCAAGGCUUUACAAAAGUGUCACCUUUGGGGUAUUGAUAGAGCUACCUUUAGAAGAGUAGUUGAAGAAAUGAUCACAAAAGAAUAUGAACAAAAUAGAAAAUUCAUUGAAAACCAUAAAUUUUUCUAAAAUUUAACUGUUGAAUAGAAGAACUCAGUAGCUGGAGUUUUAAUUGAUCAAAAGUUUUAGAAGGACUAAAUUAUUGUAAGCGAAGAUGAUCCUGCCUCAUCUUUCUAUAUUAUCAAGGAAGGCUCUGUAAGCGUUAUGAGAGGAGGUGCUGAAGUUAGAACUUUACAAGGUGGUGACUCUUUUGGAGAAACCGCUUUGCUUCAAGGAGUUCAUAAAAGAGCAAUGACUGUUAAAGCUUAAAGCGACGUCAAGUGCUUAGCUCUCGGUAGAGAUGUCCUUACCAGAAUUUUGGGUGAUCAAGUAGAAGUUAUCAUUUAUAAGAACAUUUCAAAGUGGAGUCUCGAAAGAUUAGAAGGAUAUCAAGGAUUUACAAAGUCUCAAAAAGAAAAACUUCUUGACAAUAUUUAGAUUAAUCAUCACAAAGAUGGAGAAGUUGUCAUAUAGCAAGGAACUCCCAUUAAAAAUGCAAUUAUUAUUCUUUUGGAAGGUUAAAUCAAGAAAGGAAAUGAUGUAGUAGCCUAAAAAGGACAUGUAUUUGGUGACAAAGAACCAUUCAUGCAAAAUGAUAAAAGUGUCUAUCCCAACAAUUUAGUUAUUUUCGGUGAAUAGUGUAUCACUGGUAGCAUUAAAAUCGAGAAGUUGGUUAAUCUCUUUGGAGAAUCUCCCUUCGAUGUUAUUAAUAAAAAUAAGUAAGUUAAGGAACAAAGUGCUAUUGAAGAAUCUAACUUAAAGUCAUAAGUUAAUAAUAUGAAACUCAGUGACCUUAUAGUUAUUAAAAAGUUAGGUUUUGGUUAAUUCGGUUCAGUCUUCUUAGUCAAGGAAAAAGGCAAAAAGAAACUUUAUGGACUUAAAUGCGUCUCAAAAGCCCAAGUUGUAGAGCAAAGCUUAGAAAAACACAUAUAAAAUGAAAAGUAAGUUAUGGAAUUCAAUAAUUUCCCUUUUGUUAUGAAAUUCUUGCGUUCUUUCAAGGAUGACAGAUGCAUUUAUUUCUUGCUUGAAUUCAUAUAAGGUAUGGAAUUGUUUGAUGUAAUCAGAGAAAUUGGUUUACUCUCUACAUACGAUUCUUAAUUCUACAUUGGAUCUCUUAUCUUGACACUUGAAUAUUUGCACUCAAAUUAUAUUAUCUACAGAGAUAUCAAACCUGAAAACAUCAUGGUCGAUCAUGCUGGUUAUCUUAAAUUAAUUGAUAUGGGUACUGCUAAAAUUAUGAAGAGCAAGGCAGGCACUGUCACUAGAACAUUCACUAUCAUUGGUACUCCUCACUACAUGGCUCCUGAAGUUAUUUCUGGUAAAGGUUACAACUUCCUUGUAGAUCUUUGGUCAGUGGGUAUUUGCUUAUAUGAAUUUAUGUGCGGUUAUGUUCCUUUCGCCGAAGAAGCUGAAGAUCCUUAUGAAAUUUACGAAGAAAUCAUUAAAAAAGAAAUAUAAUUCCCUGCAUACAUGAAGGAUGCUGUUGCUAAGCAAUUGAUGCUUUAAUUGUUAAAUAAGAUUCCUGAAAUAAGACUUGGAGGUUCAUAUAAUGCAUUGAAAUCAAAUGCAUGGUUCAAGAACUUUGACUGGCACCAACUUCUUGAAAGAAAGUUAAAGGCUCCCUGGAUUCCCCCUGAGGAAAGCUAAUUAAAGGAAGAAAAGAUAGCUCAAAUAGAGAAAUAAGGUAUUAUCAUUUCAGAAUAGGUUAAAGCUGAAGGAAUCAACCCAGUACAAGUUGCUAAGAUUAAAAAUCCCAAGUACGAUCCUAGAUGGGAAGAUAUUUUCUGA